AAACAGAUUCUGUAAAUCUUGUAAUGAAAUACGAACAGAUUAUUUUGAAGGGAGUAUCGAGGAAACAAGCAAUAAGAGAACUUAUCGACAAUUGUUUUCAAUUAUGGAUUUGUCUCAGGACGAAAACAGCGUAUCAGCCAAAGAUUGUAGUUCCACAGAAAUUUAUGAUUCCUAUCAGAAAACCUGUAGAAAGCUCUACUGUUCCCCGGGGAAGGUUUUACACCAGUUUUCCUGUAUUCCGCUGAUCAACAAACUUCAAAAUCUCCAAUAUAGUUUAGCAUUCAAGGUUAUUAUUUCUUACGAUCCUAAUCUGGAAGGCGUUAGUUUGAAUUCGGUAUUAGACAAUCUCAAAAUGUAUCUUGAACAUGUUCUUUCUAUUGGAGCUUCUGGCGUGUACGUUACCGUUACACAAUCCCAUUUCUAUGUACAAAAGCCCUGCCAUCUCUUCUCACAGUUUACUUCGAGCUCUGAAGAUGAGGCUUUGGUUUCAAGAAGAUACUCAGUCAUGGUAUUUACCUAG